CUCCAUGAAACGGAAAACGAAGAAGAUAACUGUCCCAGAUUUUAUUUUCAUAUAAAAUAUCAUGUGGUCUUGCUUGUUUCACGGAGCUGCAGGAAUAUUUUGGGAAUAUUUCGCGUUUCUGUCUGUGCGCUGACGCCCACGUCAACCAAAUUCAGAAUUUUCUCAGACCUCAUGACAGGUUUUAUCGACUGCCACUGCCACAUCUCUGCAAAAGAUUUUGACAAUGAUAUUGAAGAUGUUAUAGAGAACUCCAAACAAGCAGGAAUUUUAGCCCUUGUGGCAGUGGCUGAGCAUGCAGGAGAGUUUGAGAAAAUCAUUCAGCUUUCGGAAAGGUUCCCUGGCUUUGUGUGGCCCUGUCUUGGGGUUCACCCUGUCCAGGGAGUGCCCCCAGCUCCUCUGAGAGGAGCCACUACUGAGGAUUUAGAUGCUGCUCUGCCUCUGAUUGAAAAAUAUCAAGACUGUCUUUUAGCUAUUGGAGAGGUUGGACUGGAUUUCACUCCUCGAUUCGUCAGCAAUGACAGAGGGAAGGAUGAGCAGAGGGAAGUGUUGAUUCGGCAGGCUGAAAUAGCCAAACAGCUGGAUUUACCACUGAAUGUUCACUCAAGAUCUGCUGGAAGGCCCACAAUUCAUCUCUUGAAGGAACAAGGUGUGCAAAAGGCACUUCUGCAUGCUUUUGAUGGGAAGCCCUCAGUGGCAAUGGAAGGUGUGAAGGCAGGGUAUUUCUUCUCCAUCCCCCCUUCCAUAAUAAGAAGUGAACAGAAGCAGAAGCUAGUGAAACAGUUGCCUUUGGAAAGCAUAUGUCUGGAGACAGAUUCACCAGCCCUCGGACCUGAAAAGCAGGUGAGGAAUGAGCCACGGAAUAUUGCCGUCAGUGCUGAGUUCAUCGCCAAGGUCAAAGGUGUCCCACUGGAGAGGGUAGUUGAGGUGACCAUGCAAAAUGCCCUCCGUCUAUUUCCUAAGCUUCGGGCCUGUAUACACGCGUGACAGGAUGGUACAAGAUAGAGAUUUGACUAUGUCUGUUUCACUUAGACAGGAGAUAAAUGUGCAAUGCGUCAUAUUCAUUAUUAUAUCACCUCAGCAUGUCUUUAGUUCAGUUCAAAAUCAUUGUCCACUCUAGGGUCUUAUUUUCAGAUCACAUAACCAUGAUUAAUCAAUAAAAUUGAACGCAAACUCAUUGGCCUUAAAAUUACUUUCAUUCAAAUAUUUACAAAAGAAAUGACAAUAUGGAUGUUUUGAAUGUGAUGAUCAUCAACUCAAAAUGUGAAAAUGUGGUUUUUAAACCUUAAUGAAAGCAAACUGAUCUAAUGAGUGAAUCAAGUCAGUGUAUCUUACCAGCCCACUGUAGCCUUUCAAAUGUACUACUAUAAAAACUUGCACUCUGUUUUUUAGUAGUGGUUAUGCAGAGUCUCCUGUUACUGCUCAGGUCACAAAUUUAAAUUAAACCUCAUCAUGGUAUCGA